GUUUCUGACAGCAUUAUAAUAGGGUUUUGUUUGUCCAGUUAUAGGAGAAUGAGGGGCUAUUAACACUUAACUAGAAAGAUAAAGAACUGUAGUUUGUUUCCUCAUCCAGUUACAGCUUACUGAAACCAACAGCAAUAACAAUAAAGUCUCAGUGUGAACCCCACUCUAAACAGUAGGCAGAGAGACUGAACUUGUGGAUGAACUCAGUAAUUGCUUCAAUGGGUAUUCCAGCAGAAAGGUAAUAGAAAAAUUGUUCUCAUUUGUUACACUCAUUCGUAUUCUUUUGUAGUGAAUAGCUAAUAAAAAGAGAAGCACAUGUGCUAAUUACUUUUGAGUGUAGAAUAAUAGGAUCCUUCCCCUGCUGAGGAGCCAAGAAGUAUUUAAAUCAUGAGUCUCACUUGGAUUUGUAACUGGAGAACUUUUGCAAUAAUCUUCCUCUAGGACACAACCAGGACAGGUAUUAAGGGGGCAUAAAUGAAAAUGGAACAUCAUUUUCCUAAUAACUGUUAGUUUGAAGUCUGAAAUAUUUCCACUAACUUGAUUCAGACUGGUGGAUCAGAGAAUGGAAGAAUCUUUUUAUAGUUUUGAGCAGGAAGACCCCACUUCUGAAUUUCUCUUCUGGGACCAAGAUCCCAAUGACGAGCUCCAUCUGGACAACCUCCUUCUGGACUAUUCCUCCCCGGCAGACCACUUGUAUCCUUGGCCUUCCUCUGCGUGCCCGCCCGCAGCCCCCACUAGCCCGGUAGCACCACCGAGCCUGUUGGACGGAGCUCCGGAGCGGACGCGGGGUGCUGAAGUGGACAGCUCCCCUCCGCCCGGCCCCUCCGCGCCGCGCUCCGGCAGCGCCCACCGCCGGGCCGCCAAUGUCCGUGAGAGGAAGAGGAUGCUGAGCAUCAACUCGGCCUUCGAUCAGCUCAGGUGUCACGUUCCCACUUUCCCGUACGAGAAGCGGCUCUCCAAAAUCGACACGCUCCGUCUGGCCAUCGCAUACAUUGCUCUCCUUGGAGAGAUCCUGCUCUCCGGCUGCGAACCCAAGUCCUACGUGGAGCAGUGCCUGAAGAGCAGCUUGCAAAGCCACUGCCAGGCAACCUGGAAUACAAGCGGUGAGCAAAACAGUGAUUUUAUUUUCUAG